ACUUUUCAAAACCAAUGUGUCUUUUGGUGCUACGCGCUGACUGUUCGAAGGCUUACGACAGUUUCCCUCACACUUUUUUAGAUAUUUUCUUUGUCUUAAGUUUAAUGAAACGUUUGCCUGCGAAAUCAAUUUAGGAUAAGAGUGAAUUUACAGUCAUGGUUUAUUGGAUUGUUGCGACGUUGGCCCUUUUUGCUCUCCAAACUUCAGCAUAUGUGCCACACAAUGACUCCAGACUCAACCUGAGGACGUUUGCAGGGAUCUUCCUGUCGGUGACUGAUGAGCCCAUCGACUACAUAGGGCUGGAUGUACAGGAGGGUAGUGGCUCAGGGAUGGGCCAGGAGCCAGUGAAGAAGCAGGAGCAUGGCCAUCACGGCCCUCGUCACUCCACCAAGAUUGUCAUCUCUGAGGAGGCCCGCAGCUUCCUCCAGGGUCGCCUAGCAACGGCCUUCGUCCCCACAGUCUACACCCUGGUCUUCAUUAUCAGCGUCCCCCUCAACCUGAUUGCCGUGGUGAUGUUUGUGCGUCGUAUCCGUCCUAGGAAGCCGGCGGUGAUCUACAUGCUGAACCUGGCCAGUGCCGACCUCCUCUUCGCCCUGCUGCUCCCCUUCAGGAUCUCAUACCAUUUCCACGGCAACAACUGGGUUUAUGGCCCCUUCAUGUGUCGCCUGGUGACAGCAGCCUUCUACUGCAACAUGUAUUGCUCUGUCCUGCUCAUGAUGUGCAUCAGCAUCGACCGCUUCCUGGCGGUGGUCUACCCCAUGGACUCCCUGACGUGGCGUAGUCCACAGACGGCCGCCGUGGUCUGUGGCGCCAUGUGGCUGUUAGCCUUGGGAGGAGUGACCCCCCUCCUGCUCUCCAGACAGACCAUCCACCUCCCGGAUGUGGGCAUCACUACCUGCCACGAUGUGCAGGAUGUAGACAAGCUCCGUGCCUACUACCUCUACUUCUUCCCCAUUUACUCCUCCAUCUUCUUCUUCAUCCCUCUGGUGUUCACAGCUGUGUGCUACGUCCGUAUUGUGCAGGCCCUGGCCGCGGCCAACGUGGAGAACCGCUCCAGAAAGUCUCGUGCGGUGGUGAUGGCGGUGACAGUGCUGGUGGUGUUUGUGGCCUGCUUCACCCCCACCAAUGUCAUCCUCCUGGUGCACUACCUCAAGCUGGCCCACGGACGCAGUGACAGCUCCUACCAGGCCUACCUGCUCUCCAUGUGUGUGGGCAGCAUUAGCUGCUGCCUGGACCCGCUCAUCUACUACUUUGGUUCGUCCCAGUGCCAGAGACAGGUGGCAGCUCUGCUGGGCUGCAGACAGGCUGGGCCAGGAGCAGAGCUAAGCUCUCAGACAGGCAGUACCAGGACCAGCAGACUGGAGAGCAUUCAGAGCACUGUGGGCAGUCAUUACAGGAAGCUCAUGGCCUGACGUCUUAGGACUGCGAAUUCGAACAGACUCUAGGGCUGCAUCUCGAUAGUCUAGAGCAGGGCUUCUUAAACUAUGUGUCGUAACCCAAAGUGGGCCCUGGGCAUGUGAGAGGUAGGUCGCUAGUUAUGAUCUGCAUCUAUAAUCACUUGGGCUGUCAAACUAAAACGUUUCAUAGAGGUCAAAGCAGAAUUUGGUGUGAUUAAUUGUGAUAAAUCACUAAAUCUGAAUGAUCUAAAAUUGAGCUGUAAUUUACCAUUGCUUUUAAUACAAAAAGCAUUACAGGAAUAUUGACAACUUGAUUUUGUCCAAAGUAACGUUAAGCAAAAUCCAUUAAAUUGAUAAAGCACACUAUCUUUAACCUCAAUGUCAACUUGUUUUGACAUUGCAUUGUUGUUUUUAGCAGUAUAGAUUAUGUAUUUUGGUUGCCUGACGACUCAAACUGAAUUAUUCCGCUGCUCUAUGUUCAACUACAUACUUCAGUCAGACUGCCAUCGUUGAAGUAGUUUGUGGUGACGUCAAAAUGAGGGGUGUUGUGCAAAAUAAAGUCAUCAGUUCGUCUCUAACCAAUCAGAGUAUCAAAGCCAAUGACACAUUUUUUUACAUGCCGCUAAUUCCCACGUGUUCUUGCUCUGGCCCAGCGUAACCGAUUAACUCUGACAGCCCCUAGUAAUCACACACUAUUUCUUCUUCAUGUGGGUCUUUGGAGGAUGAUUUGGGUCACUAGAGGACGGUCAAUUUCUAAUUUGGGUCUCGAGCUGAAAAGGUUGAAGAACCCCUGGUCUAGGAUGUCUUUGUCUCCUCCCUCAUCUAUUUCCCUUCAUCUGCACUGAUUUAAAAUGUUAUAUAGAUGAAGGCAACAUAUGGAUGCCUGCCAAGCAUUUUCACUCACCUGUCCAGUACCUUUAGAACAAUGCAGAUGAAAGUAAGGAGACAAGGAGAGGACUCCACAUAAGAGUAUUGAGAUGCAGCCACUGUUUACCCUGUCCACCUUGUCAAGUGAGGGAGCUUGAAUUUAUUGCACUUCUCUUUUUGAUUGUCUUAAUUGUUUUUUCAUAGUUUGCGUUAAGUCAAGAGCCAUAUUUUAAUGCCAGUCUACUGAUAUUUACUCGUCUAUAAAUGCUUUGUUACUGCAGAUACUGUAUAUUGAGUAAUGCUUAAGGCAAAAUUCUGGAAACAUUCAAUAAAUUCCCAGGUUUUCCAGAAAUCCUGGUUGGAGGGAUCCGGGAAUCCUCCAACUAGGAUUUUGGGAAAACCAUAGAAUUUAUUGAAUGUUCAUGUAAUUUUGUGACCUUAGUAAAUAAUACUGUUUAGUGUGCACUCUAUACAUAUACAGUGUGUUGGGAAAGUAAUCAGACCCCUUGACCUUUUCCAUAUUUUGUUAUGUUACAGAAAUAUUCUAAAAUUGUUUUUCCUCAUCAAUCUACACCAAUACCCCACAAUGACAAAGCAAAAACAGGUUUUUCUAGUUUGUUUUUGUAAAUUUAUUGAAAAAUUAAAAACAUACCUUAUUUACAUAUUCAGACCGUUUGCUAUUUGACUUGAAAUUGAGCUGUUGCAUCCUGUUUCCAUUGAGUAUCCUUGAAGUUUCUACAACUUGAUUGGAGUCCAACUGUGGUCAAUUUAAUUGAUUGGACAUGAUUUGGAAAGGCAUACACCUGUCUAUAUAAGGUCACACAGUUGACAGUGAUGUUGAGGAAAUUGUCCGUAGAGUGCAGAGACUGGAUUGUCACGAGGCACCGAUCUGUGGAAGAGUACCAAAACAUUUCUGAGGUAAUGAAGUUACCCAAGAACACAGUGGCCUCCAUCGUUCUUAAAUGGAAGAAGUUUGGAACCACCAGAACUCUUCCUAGAGCUGGUCGCCUGGCCAAACUGAGCAAUCGGGGGAGAAGAACCCCGGUACAGCACUCCACCAAUCAGGCCUUUAUGGCAGAGUGGCCAGAUGGAAGCACUCCUCAGUAAAAGGCACAUGACAGCCCACUUGGAGUUUGACAAAAGGCACCUCAAGGACCAUGAGGAACAAGAUUCUCUGGUCUGAUGAAACCAAGAUUGAAUGCCAAGCGUCAUGUCUGGAGGAAACCUGGCAUCAUCCCUACAGUGAAGCAUGGGGUGGGAGCAUCAUGCUGUGGGGAUGUUUUUCAGCGGCAGGGACUGGGAGACUUGUGAGGAUCGAGGGAAAGAUGAACAGAGCAAAGUACAGAGAGAUCCUUGAAUAAAACCUGCUCCAGAGAGCUCAGGACCUCAGACUGGGGAGAAGGUUCAUCUUACAACAGGACAACGACCCUGAACACACAGCCAAGACAACGCAGGAUUGGCUUCGGGACAUGUCUCUGAAUGUUCUUGAGUGACCCAGCCAGAGCCCGGACUUGAACCAGAUCGAACGUCUCUGGAGAGACCUGAAAAUAGCUCGCCAGACCUGAAAAUAUCUCCCCAUCCAACCUGACAUAGCUUGAGAGGAUCUGCAGAGAAGGAUGGGAGAAAUUCCCCAAAUACAGGUGUGCCAAGCUUGUAGCGUCAUACCCAAGAAGACUUGAGGCUGUAAUCGCUGCCAAAGGUGCUUCAACAAAGUACUGAGUAAAGGGUCAGAAUACUUAUGUAUUUAGUUCAUGAUAAUGUACAGGUAACACAUGAGUAAAUGAGGGAUAUAAAGUAUAUUGAAGCAGGUGCUUCCACACAGGUGUGGUUCCUGAGUUAAGUAAGCAAUUAAUAUCCCUUCAUGCUUAGCGUCAUAUAUAUAUAAAUAAAUAUUGGGCAUACCAUUAUUUUGGCUACCAUGGCUAUGCCCCCAUCCAGAGCACUAGUGGUCACUGAAUGGUUUGAUGAGCAUGAAAAUGAUGUAAACCAUAUGCCUUUGCGGUCUCAGUCACCAGAUCUCAACCCAAUUGAACACUUAAGGGAGAUUCUGGAGUGGUGCCUGAGAGUGUUUUCCACCACCAUCAACAAACCCCAAAUUAUGGAAUUUUCUCAUGGAAGAAUGGUGUCGCAUUCUUCCAAUCGAGAUCCAAGCAGUUGUAGAAUCUAUGCCAAGGUGUAUUGAAGCUGUUCUGGCUCGUGGUGGCCUGCCCUGUUAAGACACUUAAUGUUGCUGUUUCCUUUGUUUUGGCAGUUACCUGUAUAUUACUAUGUGCUCUAUAUAAACGUUUAAGAAAUAGUCCAUAUUGUCAUGCAGUGUCUCAAAACCACAGUAUUAACAUGAAUAGUUUACAUUGGCUGUCUACACAUUUCAAGUUAAGUAUGAAAGUAGUUGGCGGUUGUCUGAUUUCUUAACUCCUUACUAACCUACAGGAAGUUUUACAUUGUAUAACCAAUGUUACAUUUUAUUCAGAUCUUAUUACUUCAAUGGAAUUAGUUACAAAAUGAGUUUGAAUGUCUGUUUGGACAGUUAUAUUGAACUGCUAUAACUGUAACUAUCAAAGAAACAGUAAAGACAUGAAAACAUUCACAGUAAAAA